AUGAAAAGGCAGAAAGAUUGCGUUGGAUUGAUUUGUAGCGAUAUUGAUUUUGUGGAAUAUUUUGUUUUUUUAUUGACUUCGAUAAAACAUUAUACUUUAAAAGCUAUUUGGUGCUCCGACUUGGAAAGAAGUAUUCAGUUAGCCGCAGAUAAUGAUAUUCCAUCGGUUUCACAUACUGCUUAUCAACUUAUUUCCAGGACUGAUAUCAAUACAGUUAUUAUAACUGGUUAUCCUAGUCAUAAUGCUCUUUUUUAUGCACAGGCUCAAGCAUUACAAAAAUGCGUUAUCUGCAUUGGAGCUGUUUCGCUAUCUAUCGAAUGCGCCCAACUAUUAAACGAGAUUGCACAGAAAUAUAAUGCUAGUAUUAACGUAAUUUAUCCAUUAAAAUAUUCGACUCCUUUGGCUUUGAUUCGUUCAAACUUAGCAAAAAUCGGUGAAAUUCAAAACAUCAAUCUUGAAUCAACAUUUAAGGCAAAAAUUUUAGAAAGGAAUCGAUUAUAUUAUGAUUCAAAUGUAAUGCUACAAAAAUUAGGGCAUGAAUUUAUUGACGCUGUUUAUUCAUUAUGUGUUGAAAUGCCGCAGAAAAUUGCGGUAGCGCAUCGCGAUACGAGCAGCAUUGUUGAUCAUUUUCGACUUCGUGAACUCGAAUCAGCACAUUUGCAAAUUGCUUUUGGGAAUAUCGUCGCAAGUUUUCAUAUAACUGUUUCGAAUGUGGAUUCGAUAAACAUUCGUAUUCGUGGAACGCGUGGUUUGAUGCAAUUAAAUGAGCAUAUAUUAACAAUUGAAACGCAAGAAAGCCAAUCGGUUCUUUGGCGUGGGGACGGAGUUUUCGAGAAUGUCAUUAAAGAAGGCAUUAUGAAUGCCCUUAAUUCCAAAGCGUUUAUGGCAGGACCAAGUGAAAUAUGCUUAGUCCAUUGUUGCUCCUCCUAA